GUCACCACCUUAGUCAUAGCUCCUCAUGCAAGCAGUCUCUCUCAGGCACUAAUGCCAUGCAAAUGCAGUGUGUGAUGUGCCCCACCAGGCCAUCCCCAUCACCCCAUGCAUGUGCACUCACACACACACACACACACACACACACACCAUAUAUCUCUCCACCUACACUCUGCCUGCUGGCUGCUUGCAACCAAUAACCAUAUACAUACACACUAUCAGUAUACAUCCUCAAAGUCUCAAACACAGCUAGCAAAGCACACUAGUCCUAGUCCAGCACUCUAGCCUCUAGCACGAGCAGCGGCGGUACAAGGCGUGUCCGGCGGUGCCAAGAAGAUAAGCUCCAGAACAGAAGCGAUGGCGCAGUUGCCGCCGAGGGCGCCGAGCGCCUUGCCGCAGGACCACUGGUCGGCAGCGGGGGCGGAGUUCCUGGGCUUCGCCGCGGCGAGGCGGGGCGCGCACCGCCGCUCGGCGAGCGACUCGGCCGCGUUCCUCGAGGUCGUGCCUAUGGACGACGUCAUCGGCGGCGGCGGCAGCGGCAGCGCCGGCGACGACUUCGACCGCCUCGACGACGAGCAGCUCAUGUCCAUGUUCUCUGACGUCGACGCGCCGGCCGUCUCCGACGGCGCCGGGGAGAGGGCCGGGGACGCGGCGCAGCUCAUGGACGUCGGGGACGCGGAGGACGGAAUGGCCGCCUCGUCGCCGGCCGGUGCGCGGGCGGCUGCGGACGGCGUCGCUGACCCCAAAAGGGUCAAGAGGAUAUUGGCAAACAGGCAGUCAGCUCAGAGGUCACGAGUCAGGAAGCUGCAGUACAUCUCGGAGCUUGAACGGAGUGUCACUAGCCUCCAGAUGGAGGUGUCAGCGCUGUCCCCUCGCGUGGCCUUCCUGGAUCACCAGCGGUCACUGCUCACCGUUGGCAACAGCCAUCUCAAGCAAAGAAUCGCGGCGCUCGCCCAAGACAAGAUCUUCAAAGACGCUCAUCAAGAGGCGCUGAAGAAGGAGAUCGAGCGGCUACGCCAAGUGUACCAGCAGCAGCAGAUCAAGGUGGCCACCACCGGCGGCGCCGACAUCGCCGCGGCCGCCUCCAUGCAGGCCAGGCAAGAGCUGCUCGCCUGCGAAGGCGCCGCCAUUCGAUAGCGGAGGCGUUCAUGGGCAGAACCAGCGCCCAAUUUCCCCGUUUCUGGGGGGCAAUUCAUCGUGCGUGGAAAUACAUACACACGUACGGGCCUGUUAGUAGCUUAAUUUUUGUGCAGUCUCUGAUCAAUACACACGUUGGGCUCUUGUUUGCUGCUUCUUGAUUAAUUCGUAUUAUGUGAUGUAUUCUCCUCACCCUAGCAAAAAAAAGUCGUGCAGGGGAUGGGGGGUUGUUGUGAAUGAAUGUAUUUGGUAAUUUUUUGGACGGGCUUACAAUUUGUGUUAGUAAUGAUUUUUUCCAAAGGUGAUUGGUUGCUUCA